AAAAUAAAACCGUCAUGCAACAGAACUUUUCAUAUUGUAAUCGUUGUGGACGAAAAAUUAUUGGAUUUCCUAUAGAAUUUUGCCGAGCAGAUUUGUUUUCAAAAUAUGGUAAUAAACAACAGAGCAAAAAUGGAGAUAUAAACGCAUUUAUUAAAAAAACAAAAGUAGUAUCUGUAAAUUGCGAUGAUUUUGUUGAAUGGAUACCAAUUUCUGAUAUUGAAAAUAUAAACUCACUUGAACAAAGCGGAUAUUCAAAAAUAUGUUCAGGUGUAUGGAAACCAUUUAAAUCGAGAAAUAAAAGCAUUGAUGAACAGGAAAUGCCAAGUUUAAACGUUAUUUUGAAAGUUUUGAAGAGUUCACAGAAUUUUGACAAUAAAUUUCUUAAUGAAUUUGAAAUACAUUACAAAUGCCUUGAGAUAUGCGCUAUACCUUUUUAUGGGUUGACAAUGCAUCCAGAAACAUCCGAUUAUUCUAUGAUAAUUAAACAAGCACAACAAGGAGACUUGCGUAACUUUAUACGUUCAAACAAAUCUCGAAUCUCAUGGGAAGAAAGAGCAAUAAUACUUGUAAACAUUGCGAAAUCUUUAAGUUCACUUCAUCAGUUAGAAUUGGUUCAUCGAGAUUUUCAUAGUCGUAAUAUUCUUAUUGACGAUAAUAUGAAAGUGUUUUUUGGUGAUUUUGGUCUUUCCGGAUCAGUAAAUUCACAAAUAGGUAAGAAUGAAUCGAUAGAAGGCGUUUUACCCUAUAUAGCACCUGAAGUUCUUCGUGGCAACCCUUAUACAAAGAAAUCAGAAAUUUUUAGCUUAGGCAUUAUCAUGUGGGAAUUGGCAUUCUUCAAACCACCGUUUAUGGAUAGAUCUCAUGAUAUCAUAGAAUUAAGUAAAGAUAUUGAUAAAUCACCAACUUUAAUUAUGUUAAAUCAUUUACAACAAAUAUCCAAAAAAGUAGUCAAACUUGAGGAAUUUGAAAAGGACGAAGCAGGAGCCAUUGACGUUGACGAAGAUUACCAAACUAAGCAACUUGAUUACGAUUUGCAUCUCAAACAACGUUCGGAAGUAAUUUUUAUGAGUGUUAACAGACCAUCUUUACCGCAACGAAUAUUGAAAGAAAUAAUACAAAGGGUUUCCAAAUUUUUGCAUGCAAAAAAGAAGCACGAGCAUGUCUUUAAUGAUAAUUUUGAAAUAGAUAAAAGAUAUAUAACUCAAAAAUAUAAUUUUACAUCAAAAGAUAUAUUGAAAUUAUUGAAAGAGAAGCAGAAGACAUUUGUUUGUUAA